AUGGCGAAGGCGGACCAGCGCUUCGGGCAGAGGGACGGCUCGGACCAGAACUUCGACUACAUGUUCAAGCUGCUGAUCAUCGGGAACAGCAGCGUGGGGAAGACCUCGUUCCUCUUCAGAUACGCCGACGACUCCUUCAGUAACUCCUUCGUCUCCACCGUCGGCAUCGACUUCAAGGUGAAGACGGUUUACCGCAACGACAAGAGGAUCAAGCUGCAGAUCUGGGACACGGCGGGGCAGGAGCGUUAUCGGACCAUCACGACGGCGUAUUACCGCGGCGCCAUGGGCUUCAUCCUCAUGUACGACAUCACCAACGAGGAAUCCUUCAACGCCGUCCAGGACUGGGCGACUCAGAUAAAGACGUACUCGUGGGACAACGCUCAGGUGAUUCUCGUCGGAAACAAAUGUGACGUGGACGAAGAACGAGUCGUUCCCCCGGAGAAAGGAAAACACCUGGCCGACCAACUGGGUUUCGAGUACUACGAGGCCAGUGCGAAGGAGAACAUCAACGUGCGUCAGGUGUUCGAGCGUCUGGUCGACAUCAUCUGUGUGAAAAUGUCCGAGCGCGUCGACGUCGAAGCUCCGGCCGCUGCAGGAACCAAGACGACCAGACUGACGGACAAACCCGCCCAGCUGCCGCAGAAGUGCUGCUGA